AUGGGUAUAAAAUUGUAUUUGAUGAUUUUGAUAACCAUUGUCUUGUGAGAGUUGCUACUGAAACAAUGGCCAGUCCACGAUACCUCUUCGCCGUAGUCACGAUAUUAGCCGUGCUUUUGGCAUGUGCCAAAUCACAAGAAUACCAUGGAGCAGAAUACCCUGGAGCAAACGUAAGAGAUGAUACCUCGUCCGAUGUGAGGGACACGAGAAGCAAGUUAACAGAUGCCAAUCCUGAAACAUUCGUAUGCCGAGUUGAGGAUACAAAGGAAUGGGGAAGGAGACGAAGAGCGUCGCCGAUGAUGCGGUCUUUGAUGAGACGCGCGCGCUAGAGAAGCACUAUAAGACACAGACCCAUGUGGAAUUUCGAUGUCAUCGAGUUGAUGCUGUUACCAGUUGG